GCUGCAUCCGCGCCCGGCCCCGCUGCUGCUCCCGGCCCGGGCGGGGGGAGCCCGGGGGCCGCGCUGGGCUGGAGCCGGAGCCGGAGCCGGAGCCGGAGCCGCCCGGGGGCCGCGCAGCGCCGAGCUCCGCCGGCGGGAGGGAGCUGCUGCGCCGGGGCCGGCAGGAUUUCUGAUCCCCGGACCGGACGCGCUCUCCCGGAUGGAGCGAGGGGCAGAGCCGGGGGUCCCGGGUCCCCGGGGCGCUGAGGAGAUCCUGAGAGACGCCUGCACAGGUGAUGGGCCGGCAAGCGAGGCUGAGGAGGGGGAUCCCCAGCCGGAAAGGCACGUGCGAGCGGGACCACUCAGGAUCGUACCGGGACAGUCCCAGGAGAGUGAUCCGCCCAGCCCGGGUGCCCGCGAGAGCCAGCGGGAAAACCCUCCUGGGGAGAGAGACGCAGACCCGGCUCCCCGCGGGGUGAGCGAGGAGCUGAACGAAUCCACGAUCCAGGCGGUGGGGAUGCCCCGUGGCUCUGUCCUGGCUCCCCGCGGGGCAGGCGAGGGGCUGAAUGAAUCCACGAUCCAGGCAGUGGGGACGCCCCGCGGCUCUGUCCUGGCUCCCCGCAGGGCAGGCAAGGGACUGAAUGAAUCCACAAUCCAGGCGGCGGGGACGCCCCGCGGCUCUGUCCCGGCUCCCCGCAGGGCAGGCAAGGGACUGAAUGAAUCCACAAUCCAGGCGGUGGGGACGCCCCGCGGCUCUGUCCCGGCUCCCCGCAGGGCAGGCAAGGGACUGAAUGAAUCCACAAUCCAGGCGGUGGGGACGCCCCGCGGCUCUGUCCCAGCUCCCCAUGGGGCAGGCGAGGGACUGAAUGAAUCCACAAUCUGCGUGGCAGGGACGCCCUGCGGCUCUGUCCCGGCUCCCUGCGGGGCAGGCGACGAGGGGCUGAACGAAUCCACGAUCCGGGCAGCGGGGAUGCCCCACAGCUCUGCCCUGGCUCCCCGCGGGGCAGGCGAGGGACUGAAUGAAUCCACGAUCCGGGCAGUGGGGACGCCCCGCGGCUCUGUCCCAGCUCCCCACGGGGCAGGUGAGGGGCUGAACGAAUCCACGAUCCGGGCGGUGGGGACGCCCCGUGGCUCUGUCCCGGCUCCCCACGGGGCAGGCGAGGGACUGAACGAAUCCACAAUCCGGGUGGCAGGAACGCCCCGUGGCUCUGUCCCGGCACCCCAGCCGGGGAUCGGCGCCCCAGCGAGAGCUCCCGGGCCCCUGCCCCCCGGGCGGCAGUACGCCUGCCCCGAGUGCGGCCGGGCCUUCGGGCAGAGCUCCCACCUGACGCAGCACCUGCGCAUCCACACGGGCGAGCGGCCCUACGUCUGCUCCGACUGCGGCCGGGCCUUCAGCGCCAGCUCCAACUUCCUGGCGCACCGGCGCACCCACACGGGCGAGAAGCCCUACGACUGCUCCGUGUGCGGGCGCAGCUUCCGCGCCAGCUCCACCCUGCAGCGGCACCGGCGCCUGCACACCGGCGAGCGCCCCUACCGCUGCGGGCACUGCGGCCGCACCUUCUCCCAGAGCUCCUCGCUGGCCAAGCACCGGCGCCUGCACACCGGCGAGCGGCCCUACCGCUGCGGGCAGUGCGGGGAGGCCUUCGCAGUGCAGUCGGGGCUGGCCGCCCACCGGAGCCGGCACACGGGCGAGCGCCCCUUCGCCUGCCCCGACUGCGGCAAGGGCUUCCGGCGCAGCUCCGACCUGGUGCAGCACCAGCGCGCCCACACCGGGGAGCGGCCCUUCCGCUGCGGCCAGUGCGGCGCCGGCUUCAACCUGGCCUCCACCCUGGUCAACCACCAGCGCAGCCACACCGGCGAGCGGCCCUACCGCUGCCAGCGCUGCGGGGCCAGCUUCGCCCGCAGCUCCACCCUGGCGCGCCACCGGCGGGGCCACGGGCCCGAGGGCGCCGGGCAGGGCGGGCGGCAGGAGGCAGAGCCCGCCCCCCAGCCGGGCCCCCUGAAUCAGGGCUCCUGCCCCCUGCCCCAGCAUGGCCCCCUGGGUCACAGUUCAGAGCCCCUCUCUGGCCAGGACACCCUCACCCAGCAGGGCCCUCUGGGUCACAGCUCAGAUCCUGCCCCCCAGCAGCCCCCCACGGGUCAUGGGUCUGAUCCUACCUCCGACCAGGGUCUCCCCAGCCAGCCCCCCGUGGGUCACAGGUCAGAUCCUGCCCCCCAGCAGCCCCCCAUGGGUCAUGGGUCUGAUCCUGCCUCCGACCAGGGUCUCCCGAGCCAGCCCCCCGUGGGUCACAGGUCAGAUCCUGCCCCCCAGCAGCCCCCCACAGGUCAUGGGUCUGAUCCUGCCUCCGACCAGGGUCUCCCGAGCCAGCCCCCCGUGGGUCACAGGUCAGAUCCUGCCCCCCAGCACGGCCCCCCAGCUUGGCCCCUGGCCCCCCAGCAAGGCGAGCGCCCCUACCCGUGCCUGGUGUGCGGGAAGCGGUUCUCCCGCAGCUCCAACCUGGUGGCCCACCAGCGGAUCCACGCGGGCGACAAGCCGUUCCGGUGCCCGGAGUGCGGGCGUGGCUUCCUGCGGGGCUCCAACCUGCGGACGCACCGGCGGCUGCACACGGGCGAGCGCCCCUACCCCUGCCCCGAGUGCGGCAAGUGCUUCGGCGACACCUCUGUGCUGGUCAAGCACCAGCGCAUCCACACGGGCGAGCGCCCCCACCGCUGCCCCGACUGCCCACGCCGCUUCAGCCAGGCCUCGGACCUGGUGGCCCACCGGCGGGUGCACACGGGCGAGAAGCCCUACGUCUGCGCCGAGUGCGGGCGCGGCUUCAGCCGCAGCUCCAACCUGCUGACGCACCGGCGGCUGCACCGCGGCGAGCGCCCCUACCCCUGCCCCCAGUGCGGCAAGAGCUUCGGCCAGAGCUCGGACCUGCUGCAGCACCAGCGCACCCACACCGGCGAGCGCCCCUUCGCCUGCGCCCAGUGCGGCAAGGCCUUCAGCAAGGGCUCGACCCUCACCGGGCACCAGCGCAUCCACACGGGCGAGCGGCCCUUCGCCUGCCCGGCCUGCUGCAAACGCUUCCGUCACAGCUCCCACCUCACCGCCCACCUGCGGGUGCACGCCCGGGAGCGGCCGCUGUGAGCCGGAGACCCCCGGCCCUGCCCCCUGGUCCUACCCGACUGCCCGCCUCUGUGCACGCCCGGGAGCGGCCGCUGUGAGCCGGAGACCCCCGGCCCUGCCCCCCUGUCUUACCCGACCGCCCGCCUCUGUGCACGCCCGAGAGCGGCCGCUGUGAGCCGGAGACCCCCGGCCCUGCCCCCCUGUCUUACCCGACCGCCCGCCUCUGUGCACGCCCGAGAGCGGCCGCUGUGAGCCGGAGACCCCCGGCCCUGCCCCCCGGUCCGACUGUGCACGCCUGGUCCGGCUCUGCCCCCUGGCUCCCACUGCACCGCCCGCCUCUGUGCACGCCCGGGAGCAGCCGCUGUGAGCUGGAGAGAUCCCCGGCCCUACUCCCCGGCUCCCACCACACUACCCACCUCUAUGCACACCCGGGAGCAGCUGCUGUGAGCUGGGGGUGCCAUGUACUGCCCCACAGCCACAUCAGAGUGCGCAUGGCCAGGAGAGGUAGCCCUGAGACACGGCUCCCCCCAGCUCUGUGAGGGGAGUGUGGGCUGGUGGGUUAGAGCCAGGGGCGGGAGGCUGGGAGCCAGGACUCCUGGGUUCUCUCCCCGGCUCUGUUUUACAUUCUCCAAUCCUGGCUCUUGGCACUGAUUUCCCUGAGGACCUGACCCCAGGGUUUGUCCCUGCGGGGGCUGCCCCCCGGUUUUGCCUUGGCUGUCUAGGGCUGCUUUUAGAGGUCAUAGGCUCCAGGUGGAGGCGGACGUGGGCGCUACAGGCCCAGGGCAGGGCCCUGCUCCCGUAGUCAGGUUAUUACAGUAGAGUCUCAGCUUGCAUUUAACAAAUGCUGUCAGCUCUCUUGGAUGUGGAGAAAUGCACCAAAACGGGACCCUGCCGCCUGCCUGAGUGUGCCGAGAGCCCGAACCCGGUGCCGCGAGGGGCGGCUGCCCUGAGUGUGCCGAGAGCCCGAACCCGGUGCCGCGAGGGGCGGCUGCCCUGAGUGUGCCAAGAGCCCGAACCCGGUGCCGCGAGGGGGCGGCUGCCCUGAGUGUGCCGAGAGCCCGAACCCGGUGCCGCGAGGGGCGGCUGCCCUGAGUGUGCCAAGAGCCCGAACCCGGUGCCGCGAGGGGGCGGCUGCCCUGAGUGUGCCGAGAGCCCGAACCCGGUGCCGCGAGGGGCGGCUGCCCUGAGUGUGCCGAGAGCCCGAACCCGGUGCCGCGAGGGGGCGGCUGCCCUGAGUGUGCCGAGAGCCCGAACCCGGUGCCGCGAGGGGGCGGCUGCCCUGAGUGUGCCGAGAGCCCGAACCCGGUGCCGCGAGGGGGCGGCUGCCCUGAGUGUGCCGAGAGCCCGAACCCGGUGCCGCGAGGGGGCGGCUGCCCUGAGUGUGCCGAGAGCCCGAACCCGGUGCCGCGAGGGGGCGGCUGCCCUGAGUGUGCCGAGAGCCCGAACCCGGUGCCGCGAGGGGGCGGCUGCCCUGAGUGUGCCGAGAGCCCGAACCCGGUGCCGCGAGGGGGCGGCUGCCCUGAGUGUGCCGAGAGCCCGAACCCGGUGCCGCGAGGGGCGGCUGCCCUGAGUGUGCCGAGAGCCCGAACCCGGUGCCGCGAGGGGGCGGCUGCCCUGAGUGUGCUGGACGCAGUGACACUGCUUGAGUCUGCACAGAGCCAGAGCCUGUCCCAGCGAGGGGGGGGGGGUCUCCUCCUGCCCCACUGCGUGGGGCACCCAGCGGCCGGGGAAGUGGCAGGAACACACGGCUUUCCCUGUUCCCCUUGGGUGACACGGGGGAGGUCCCAGGGUGUGGGGCAGGGGCCGGUCAGCGCUCGGCUGUGCCCAAUGAUUCACAGAGAGCGGCUGAGUGUGCACAGGCCCCUGUGUGGCGAUUCGGGCCCAGCCCCACGGCGGCUCGUUCCCCACCGGGGAGUCCACGCAAAGGGGGUUUCCAGCGGGGGGGGGGGAUUCUGUUGAUUUCCCCCCUUGUGUAAAUAAAUGUAAUGUGCAGAAUUCA